AUGUCUCACCGUGGUUUAAGCCUGCGAGCAGCUCGCCAUCCAGCUUCGCUUUUGCCUGUUGCUGCCCACAACCCCGCCCUCAUCCACCUUGUAUCCCAACCAGUUUCGGUCGACAUGAUACUUUACAUUGCCCGCCAAGCAGCAAUCCUUCUCAAGCUCCACGAACAGCCGUAUGACUCGUAUUCGACCACACCGUCCCAACAGAUGUCACUCGAGCAGUUCAUUUACGGUAUCGUCAAAGCAGGCAACGUGCAAGUGUCUACUCUUCUUACGACCCUGGUUUAUCUUGAGCGACUUCGGGACAAGCUUCCUCCAGUUGCGACAGGCCUCCCUUGCACGCGGCACCGUAUCUUUCUCGCCACACUGAUUGUCGCUGCAAAAUACCUCAACGAUUCGUCGCCAAAGAAUGUUCAUUGGACGCAACACGCUUUCGGCAUCUUCCAAGUCGGCGAGGUCAAUCUUAUGGAGGCACAACUGCUCUUUCUGAUGGACUACGAUCUGCGUUUUAACGAAGAAGCUGCCUGCACUACAUUCGCCCCAUUCCUUCUGACUGUUAGAGUCCCGAGACCGCUCCCAGCUCUCGAAAUCGUCAGAAGUCGCAAAACGCGAUUCGCUUCCCAACCCAGGCCUAGAGCCGCUGCAUCUGUAGCCUUGCCGGAGACCACGUCUACAAGUAACCUGUCAACAUCAUCAAGCAACUCUUCGACUCUUGUAUCCACCGUCAGAGUACUUGCGAAGCGCCUAUCCCAGACCCAUCUGUCUUCUUCUCGGCCCAGUCGCCCGCAUAAUGUUCCAUUCAAUAGCUACGAUUCUUCCGACGCUGGAUCGCUUACAGACGAUACUGGCUCUUCCUCAUCAUCGUCUGGAUGGCUCAGCAGCGACUCUGAUUCAGAAUCCGAGACUGAUGCGCUGAUUUACGGUCAAGAGAGUAACCCUGCUCCGAAUGACUCUACCUUCGUCUCUCCCGACCAUAUGCAUUCAACAUCCAAACGCCUCUUCAUUCUCCGUCCAGCCAAUGCCUACAAGCCUACUCAGAAUCGCUCUCGCAAGCCAUCUGACACUUCUUCGAUUGCCACUGUUACGGGCACAUCUCCCGAGCCGUCGAAUUUCCGCCGCAAGUCAACGACCACUCAACCUGUGUUGCCUCUAAACAAGCAGAUGUCUUCCCUCUCUGUGAGCGCGACGAUGCCGAGUGUCAAUCGUUCUGGGCCUACGAGUGGCUUUUUUAGCCGUAUGUGGGGUGCUGCAAAGGGAGACAAGUUUGCUGGUUUGAGUGAAUCCCGGUCCGAUGGGCUCCCCGUUUAUCACGGCCAGAGCGCUUUCCGCAGAUUGGUAUCGGGUCAUUCACGGUCGACUUUGACCGGCGCUGGCCGGGGUAGUCUCUUGGCCGAUCCGUCGUUGCAGGUUUGA